GCUUUUCGGCCCAGUGACAAAAAAUGGCGAAGAAAGGAUUUGCGGGCGAAUUUUAGUUUCCUACAUCAGAAAGCAGCGAUUCAUCGAUUAUAUUUUGGGAGUAAGAGCUGUGAGAAGGUUUCUUCUCCGCUUGGGUCUCCUCUGGACGCUGUGUGAAGAUGGACGGUGGUUCGGGUGACGGCCCGGCGGCUCAGAGUCUCUACGCCGCUCUGGGACUGUCUCCGGAGGACGUGGAGGCGCUGGCCCAGAUCCCCGAGAGCGAGAUCAGCGUGGAGACCCUGCCGCACCUCAUCAUGCAGCUCAAAGCCAAGAGAGCCGAGACAGCAGCCGCCUCGGCCAUCACAGACCCCGCCACCGACCUCACAGACAAGGCCGAGACCACGCCCACGGAGGCGGAGCCUAAACCGGCCGACUCGGAGACGACGGAGAGGGAUAAAGAGAAGCGAGCGAGUCCUCCCUCCUCCAGCGCACCGCGGCGCUCUUCUGAAGGCCACUCCUCCAACCACGACCAUGAGCACCACGGGAAGGGAGACGGGUACCGGCGGACAGACAGACCGGGACCGGCGGGGAGGAGGGACUCCAGACACGGGAAGUCGUCCAGAGAGAGACAGACGGGGGACGGGGGGGAUGCAGAGCUGGACGAUAACCCCACGGUUUUCCCCCACGUCUGUUCACUCUGCAAGGUCAAAAUCAACGAAGCCAAGGCGUGGAGCGCUCAUCUCCGAGGAGCCCGGCACACAGAAGCCAGAAAGGAGCACUCGCGUUUCUCACAUUCAGAAGAUGACUCGCACUCGUCACGGCGAAGUUCUCGCUCAUCGUUACCCAGUAAAAGGUCCUACAGUUCUGAAAGGAACACGGGAGACAUGUCCUCAACUUCCGACCGACAUUUUCCUCAUUAUAUGCCCUUCACAAGGGUGGUCGUAGCCAAAUUUCCGCGGGGCUGUGUCGCUGUGGCCGACAUGCUGGCGCUCGGGAAGCCGUUUGGAACCAUCGUGAAGCAUCUGAUAUUUCCUUUUAAGGGAUUUCUGGAGUUCAGCUCUCAUGGAGAGGCGAAGGACAUGGUCAAUCACUACCACACUAAACCCGCCUUCAUCAAGGGUCAUCGAAUCAGCCUCUGCUUAUCUCCGUCUGUGGAGGUCAUUCAUCCGCCGGAGGUGUACGAGCCGGGGGCGAAGCGUAUGAAGGCUCAGACGGUGGUGUGUUUCUCCCGGCUGCCGGUGGGGAAGGAGACGGAGGAGGAGGUUUUGGACAUCGCUGCGAUGUUCGGAGAUGUGCGUCAAUCAAAGUUUACAGAAGACAGGGCUCUGAUAGAGAUGGUGGACUGGAGGGAUGCAGAUAUCAUGGUGAAAUAUUACCACACAAACCCUCUGAGGAUUCAGGAGAAGAGCAUCAAGGUGUCUCUGUCCUCCCUCUCCAGUUUACGUGACAGCAGCCCUGAUCAUUCUUCAUCCAAGAAGUCAGACUCCAGCAAGAGCCACAGCAGCAGCAGCAGCAGAGCGAAGAACGAGUCCUCCUCUUCCUCCAAGAGCACGUCCCAGUCCAGCAGCAAAGACAAGAGCAAGAGCUCCACCAAAGAGCCGCCGGCCACCGAGCCCAGGCUGGAGAAGGAGGGAGAGGAGGGAGAGAAGGAGAAGGAGGAGCAGAAGGAGGUGGAGAAGGAGGAGAAAGAGGUGGAGAAAGAGGUGAAGGAGGGAGAGGAGGUGGAGAAGACCGAGGAAGAGCAGAAGGAUGAAUCGGGGCCGGCAGAUGCAGAGGCUGCGGAGGGCGCUGACGUGUCGAUGGAGGAGGCGGAGCUUAAGGAAGGAGGGGUCGGGGCGGAGGGGGCGGAGUCUAAAGAAGAGAAGCAGGGAGAGGAGGAGCGAGCGCCAGCAGAAAAAGAGGAGAACAAAGCAGAUAAAACACCUGAGGAGGACAUGGAGGAUGCUCAGGACGACCUGGACGACUUUCCAGAGAACAUGGACGACUUUGUCACCUUGGAUGAGCUGGACACGUAUGGUACAAAGCGCUCCAAAGAAGGUAAGGUGGUGGUGGUGAGGCCCAUCAGGAAGGAGUUCAGAGAGGCCAGUAAGAAAGCUGUGAGGGAGGCUCUGUACAAGAUGGCCGCCCCUUUCGGCAAGGUGGUCAACUUCGCCAUAUCCUUCUACAGACACGAGGCUCUGAUUGAACUGGAAACGGUGGAGAACGCUCAUGAAAUGGUCAAUUUCUACAAAAACAGCAAGAAGUCCAAACUGGUGGGCAGACCGGUGUCUGUCUCUAUUUCCUCAGCCUUCAACACAAUCGAGGGUCCUAGUGGGAGGUCGUUGUUUAUCAGCAUGCUCCCGUCCUUCAAAUACUCCAUCAUGUCCCUCCUCAGACUGGCUCAGCCUUUUGGGAGAAUCACAGCGUACUGCUCCAACAGGAUGUACGGAACGUGUUAUAUCCAAAUGGAGAAGAGAGAAGGAGCUGAGAAAAUGCUCCACAAGUACAGCCGCCGGCCUCUCAAAUUUUACGGCUCCGUGCUGAAGAUCACCAUGUGCAGGAAAGGAGAUUCACUGAUACCGUGGACGACUGCGGAUAAAUUUGAGCGAUGGUGUGAGACAAUGGGAAUUAAAUCACACAGAGACGGAGAGAGCAGGGGACAGAACGGCCAAACGUCCAGAAACAGCACAGGAGAGGACCGCCACAGCCCCGUGUCGAACUGUGAGGGUGUGGGUGGAGAUCCAGGGCGAGAGGGAGGAGACUCUGAGGAGGAGGAGAAGAGCCAGAGUCCACUCGGUCCGUAUCAACCCGACAACCCCGUGGGUCUAGACUACGUCGUCCCCAGAAGCGGCUUCUUCUGUAAGCUGUGCAACAUCUUCUACACAGACGAGAAAAGGGCCAAAUCAGAGCACUGCAGCAGCCUGGAGCACUACAACAUGCUGAAGCGGAAGCGUGGAGAGGUAGAGGAGGAGAAGGAGGAGCAGCAGCAGACAGAAGAACCCGCACAAGAAAAAGAACAGACGCCGGAUGAAUGAGAGAGAAAGAGAGGGAUGGAUGGAUGGAUGAACGUAUGGAAGAGAUAGAUGUGCAGCCUCGUGCCAAGAGGAUUAAUUUCACUGCAGUCUCUGAUACUUUCGUUUUUUCUUUUUUAAAUACAAAAAAAAAACAUUCCAGUCUUCGUGUGUCCGUCUUCAUUUUGUUCGAGAUGACCUGCUUCGUUUCUGAAACAUCCCAGGAGGGGAGGAUGGAGGCGCCGGAGCGAGAGCGCGAGAGAGAGAGAGAGAGAGAGAGAGAGAGAGAGAGAGAGAGAGAGAGAGAUCAUGGUGUCGUUACAGAUUAGUGUUUUAUGUGGUAAGGUGUGAACAGGUUAGAAGUGUACAGUCUGUAGCCUCUUAUAAAAUAAACUCAAGUCUGUUUGAUUAAAAA